AUGAUUGCCGGCUUCUUCCAACCAUCUGUGGCGGCUUCUCGAACAGCAGCUGACUGGGCUUCGCCUCCUGCUCGGGUGAAAUAUUUAACAACCAUGCUAGAACAAAGUGAAUAUAUACCAGGGACUGCUCCUGACAGCGCUACAGAGAGCAGUCUAACAGAUCUUACCCGGACCCCUUCCUUGCACGGAACCUCAUCGUCUAAGGAUGGAGACAGUUUUCGUUCGACUAGCCCAAAAUCCCAGACAGAAAUUCAGCGGAAUAAGAAAGCAAGGCCUGUUGAAAGAGCGAUAUCUCAGGAUGACAAGGACUUACCCGAGAAUGGGCCAGCCAGUAAUACUCGCUCAAAGUCCUCUCAAAGGAGCAAGUCGGUCACUAGAGGUAGUGUGCUAAGGCCUGUUCCGCAUAAUACACAAGAAUCUCUCAUAUUCUCCAGGCGUCGUUCCAAAGGCAAGCUAUACACUGCACUAAGAACGAAGGUAGUUGAUUGGGACGAAGAUCUCCGAGCAAGUGAUGGUUCGCUUGAGCCACAACCCCAGGAAGAUGCCGAUUUUACUUCUGUCUCUUCUCCUUCAUCCAGCGGUGCUCGCUAUACCUUCAAUAAAAGUUCCACAGGUUCUUGGACAAGCUCUGCCAGAAAGAAACAAGCCACGAAGAUUAGGAGACAAUCUGGCACUGGAAGCAAGAUGAAACCUAGAAGGCGCGUGAACAACAAAGCCAAACAUUUAUUAACACAACACAUGAGGUCCAGGAACGGCAAUAACCAGUGCAGCCCAAAUUCAAGCAGUUCUGAGAAAGAGCCAGAUUGUAGUACCGCAGCAGGCAAGCAUGACAUAUGCAAUGGGAUCUCAAGGAGCCUGGCUUCAGAGAGUCUGGCUGGAGCCAAUAACUCGUCGCAAGCUUGCAAAACGGAGGACAUAAGCACCGGGGUAUUCAAAUCUUCCUUGCCUCAGAAUUCCAAUAACUCCAACAGGCAAUCUAUGUUUGAGACUAGUUUGAGGGAGGGUCAGCAUCUACAUGGAAACACUCCAGGCAGGGGCCAAUCAGUCGCAGAAAAGCUGAUUGCGGCGUUGCGAGAAAGUGAUACCCCGAAUCAACACCAUAACGAUAUAAACGCGAACGAACAGUUAUCUUGUGAUAACGAACAUGGAAUCGAAGAUGUUACCGAAUCUCAUGAGAUGCAAAAUGAGCCUGACUGUUGCAAAUCAACUGUAGAGCAGCAGCAAUGCAAAUGCGACAAGCAAGAUGUAAUAGACUCCUGGACAUCGGCCAUGAGCCAGGAAGGUAUCUCUGGCGACGAGUUGUAUCCUGUCAGGUUAUACUCCGGCAAUUCCUCAGAUGAAAGCCGAUUUGGUUCAUCGCAAGGCCCCGGCGAGCAUAAUCGAAUUCUCAGAAAGGGAGAAGCUAUGUCUGGAGCAGAAGAUGGAGAAGAGCACGAAAGCGUUCGAGAGGCCCCCUCUCUUGCCUCAAGCUCGUCUGUAGAGCCACUAUCCACGGAAUCAACUCCGAAGGCUUACUACUCGAGCCCGUCCAUGAAAGAGUCUACACCGAGUCUCUCUCACUGCUACAGAGGGGAUGCUACAACGGCGGCAGAUAGGUUCGAAAUUCACCAGCCGCCUCCCAAGAGACGCAGUUCCGCCUGCCGUGGCCAUUCAGAGGCUUUUGCAUUGUCUAGUUCACUCAAUCUAAACCUCUGUGCUACUCACCCAGAGGAAAUCACAACCAAAGAUUAUUGUUCACGGAAUCCCAGGUUUGGUAACAUUGGUGCUGCCCGACCGAUCAUCAGUGCUCUAGGGAAGUGCCCUGAUAGCGACAUAACUCAUGCUACAGAAUUCCUAGAGUCCAGUGCUAAGACUAUCGUGGACAAGAACGGGAGCCCUAGGCUGAUGCAGCAAGCGAGUAUGGGAGCAGAGGAACAUCUCACACUAAAGCGACAAGAUGCAUUUCCUCGUAUGGGCCAACGAAGUCGGAAACGAACGAGAGGCAUAAGUCAAGAUGACAAACAACACACCACCUAUCACACAACGGAGAAUCAGACAAGCGAAACCCCCUGCACUUUUCAGCUGGCCCCGAGAGAAUCUGACACAGAUUUCAGCGCAUCACGGACCACUCUUACAGAGGAAAUGGGCCACCAACCCUGCGCAAGCCACCCGCAGGUGAGUGCAGGCGAACGGCACCUCUUGAAAGUUGUGGCGUCCGUUUCGCCUGGGUCACGGCAAGAAGAACAGCAUCAAAUUCAAGAACGCGUUCUUGGACUAUAUGGUUCAGCAGCGGCUGCUGAACCAGAGCAGAAUGUGGCGUUUGAACUGUCAAAAAGCACUGCUGGUCAGAUUAACUGGCAAACAACACUGCAGGAGCUCCGCGUAGGAAUGGAGAGGACGCUGCGCAAUAACAAUGAGUACCUAUUUCGUCAAAUUGAGAGCGAGAAAGCCACAGUAAAUGAGGUCUUGAAUGGUUAUAGAAAACAAUGCCAUAGCGUCCUCGACCAACUCUUCAAAGCACAAAUUGAACGCACAAGGCUAUGCAAACAACAAAUUGAUUCCAUCAAACAACAACACGCAGAUGUUUGCCAAGAGCUGAUUCGUCGUCUAAAGGAAAAUGAACGGACUCUUGCUGAUUGGGAAAGCCAAUAAGUGCAACUAGCUACAAAAUGUGUGUCCUCCGCGGUGCAUCAUAGCGAGAAAAAAAGGAAUUGUGAAAGUAAUGCAAGCUUAUCUAAAGGAGCCUGAGCGCUCGAGACUAUGAAAUCGUUGAAUUACAAGCGACAGGAUAUGCGAGGUCCAAAGGAAUC